CGCCAAAGCCUGGUAACGAUCCUUGACAUCACCUGUAGAUCAACCGCUCCGCACCUCCGGUUACUAUCUUCGCAAGUGGUCUGCCUUGUCGAAACAGUGGGAUGCUCCAGGAUACACGCAGCUUAGUCACAAUCUUAGCCUAUCAUCCGAACCCUCCUUAUCUCACAGGCGAAAGCAUCACCUCACGCCAUCACACAACUGUACCGGCGCAAUCAGGGAACUGUCCAGAUAUCUUUCCCACAUGCUCGCUUUUACCUUGGCCUGACUGCUCAUUUGGUUCAACUGCUCAGACUAACGAACAUGGCGGCAUCUCUCGACUUGGAAGCCCCUCUCAUCCCGCGUUGAAUGGCUGGUACUGCCCUGGAGCUGCGCCAGAUGUGGUUGCGUCAUUUGUUGGAAUGUAACGGCGCAACGAAAGAGCAAAUAUAAGACUUAGCGGUCACAUCCAGUCCGCUGUUCGCUAGGUCCCAGAUACACCACAUUGUCUAAUAUCGUGACAAACAUUAGGCGCCGGUAACAUCGGUCGGGAUGACACCGUUUACGCGGAUGGAGCUAUCACGCGCGAAGGACCGCAGGGCGAGUCUACAG